AUGGCCAACAAACCGGCCCAGUCCGACGGCCUCAGUUUCCUCAGCAUGCCUGCUGAAGAAAGAUACCUGAUCAUCCACAUUUUGUACCGCCUAUGGGUCAAGAACGCAAUAUACUCAGAUGGCCCGCCCUCGAGGGCACGCACUGGUGAGAGCAAAUGGCAUCAUGAAGCCAUUAGCUCUGACAAUGAAGAAGCCGCCGCCAUCCCGCCAUGUGAGGUCCCGUUUAUCUACACCUUGCUCCGUCAGUUCAAGCGCGGCAUCUUGAAAGCCAUUGCGGCCACUCGCCCCGAUCUCCCGCUUUCCCAAGUCCUGGAAACUGCAGAAUCUGGCGGCAAUCUUCAAUGGCGCGCAUACUCCGACGAGGAAUACAGGCGAUUUGCGCGUUUGGUCUCCGACUCGGUCCCCCCGGAGAAGUGGUGGUUGAGGUUGUUCAUGGCUCACCCCACGAUCCACUUUGGUGAUCCAGACGAUUGGACCUGGAAAGCUCAAGCUGGGUCUCUUGCGACGUUCACAGAAUUGAUACCAAACGGGGAACCUCUCCCACCUCGUGACAAGUGCUUUGUCCUGGGUGAAGGUUCUAAUGCGCCAAGCUCAACGCCCGAUGAAGAGGAUUAUCAUGAUGAAGAUGGACCAUCAUUCCACUCAAGCUCAGCGCAACCCUCUGAAGAUGAUGAGGCUUGCCCGUCAAGCCACUCAAGCCCCGCAAGACAUUCGGAAAAUUACGACUCAGAUGAGUCAGCCAUCAAUACCCCAACCAACAAAGCCGCUGAUGCUCCCAUCCAGGCCACUACCAAGAAGGCUGUCGAACCUCCCAUCCAAGCGCCAACAGAUCUUAUCAAGACAGGUUUGAUCUUUGAGGCAAUCUCAGUGAAUGAACUCGCCUCCCGACCCGGUGAUUCCACUAGCAAUACAACUGAGGACGACAGAUCCCCCCCACCAACCGCUCAAGGUAUUGCAAGGCAACUCGUCUUGCCCAAUGUGGUGACGUUGGAUGGACCACCAAGUUCGUGGGAUUCAAACUCAGCUCACCAGACUCCCUUGAUCGCUCCCCCAAUUGUGUUAUUGGAUGGUCCGCCGAGCUCACGGGAAUCCCCCGUGCCCGCAGAACAUCCUGUUUUCCCUGAUGUUGUGUUGUUGGAUGGUCCCCCAAGUUCCUGGGAUUCAAACAGCACCCUCAGAAAGCGGGCCCAAACACCCAACUAUCCUCCUCCACCAACACCAAGACCCCGCCUCUCAAAAUAG